CAACAACUUCGCUUCAACCACGACAACGACAGUCUCAUCACCGACAAGAUGCCUACGAGACUGACAAAAACGAGGAAGCACCGCGGCCAUGUGUCCGCUGGUAAGGGUCGUGUAGGAAAGCACAGAAAGCAUCCCGGUGGUCGUGGUCUUGCUGGUGGUCAACAUCACCACCGAACCAACUUCGACAAAUAUCAUCCUGGUUACUUCGGUAAGGUUGGUAUGAGACAUUUCCACCUGCUCAGAAACCACUACUGGAAGCCUUCCGUCAACCUUGACAAGCUUUGGUCAUUGGUUCCCGAAGAGACUCGCGAGGCCUACAUCUCAGGAAAGAAGACAGACACCGCUCCCGUUCUCGACCUCCUCCCAUUGGGCUACUCCAAAGUCCUCGGCAAAGGCAGAAUCCCAGAGAUCCCAAUUGUUGUACGAGCACGAUGGUUCAGCAAGGAGGCAGAGCGAAAGAUCAAGGAGGCCGGUGGUGUUGUUGAAUUGGUUGCAUAAGCGGUGUUUCUCACGUCAACUCGAUUUUCAAAUCACAUCAACUCAAUCCUCAACUGUGAUGUGUUGGGCAUGGGAAGGUCAGAACCGAUCAUAGCAAUGUCUAUGAAUGAUAUUCGCAAGAGCACGCGAAGCGAGAUGCUCGGCAAAGUCGCCAAUAGAUGACAAUGUCAGCUCAAAAAUGCAAAACCAUGAGAAAUACCAGACGAGGAUUUUUUACUGCAGCUUGCUUUCAAUUGGCUUGCUAUCAGGCAUGAGUUGAAUGUGACAGUCUUGAAUGACAAUUUCACCCUGUUGCCAGA